GUCAAAGUCAUCGCUGAGGCGCUCAUAUAAACAUACAGAUGCCCAGUCUGCGUAUUUGCAUAUUUUUUUAUACUUUGGGGUAACUCGCACAAACAUACUCGGGCUUCAUCAGCUGCUGGUUUAAAGUGGACUAUGAGAGAUGGAGCUGCAUUUCCAUGAAAGUUUGAUGCGGUGUAAACCCGUUCAUUCAAGUCCUUUUGCGUUUUGUUGAGGACACUUGAGGAGCUGCAAUUCUGGAUAAUGGACAUAUUUAAACAAGAAGGACAACAGUGAACCUGAGGGCACACAGAAGAGCUGCUGUCGAGUAAAGGAAGAUUUAAUGCAAACGUUAAUGAAGGGAGCGCGUGCGGUACGUUGUGCGGGACGCAGUGAAGCUGCAGGGGUGAACUGAUGAGCUCCACGGACGGCCGACAAACAGGAACUCAUCAAUGCUUCUCAUCAGCCCAGUCCUGACUUUCCAACAGUGAGGCACGAGCACUUUAUUUUUGAGCCACAACAGCCCACAUCUGGUUGUGUCAAAACCUCAGUGGAGUCAUGGGUACCGUCCUAUCCCUCUCCCCGGGUCCUCGAAAACCUGGUUACUACGAUGACCGGCCUGGGUCUCUAAGUCAUUACCCGAGCCUGAGCAGCCGCUCUUUGAACACUCAAAAGGACCGCAGCCUCAAACGCGGCCAUUCUAUCUUUCUCCCCGCUCUCACCUGGAAACGCCUAGUGGCUUCCACCAAGAAGCGGGGAGAGUCCAAAAAAGCCUAUCCUGGAGGUCAAGGGGCCGUUGGGGCCCCUCUCAACAACAAUAACAUCUACCAGAAGGAUCCAAUCUUGCACCUCAACCGCGAAAAUGUGAAGAAGUCUCUCUCCUGUGCCAAUCUCACUAGCUACGAUGGUCCAGCUGGUCUGGGCCUGGGCGUUGGGCUGGGAUACGGGAAACCGCAGCAUAUUUCUUCUGUCAAGAAGAUUGCACCUACAUGCACCUCAUCACCCAAGCGUGUGAUCGUCCAGGCUUCCACUAGUGAGCUGCUCCGCUGUCUGGGUGAGUUUCUGUGUGCUCGCUGCUAUCGGCUCAAACACCUUUCUCCCGCUGAUCCAGUCCUGUGGCUGCGUGCUGUGGACCGUUCUCUGUUGCUCCAGGGCUGGCAGGACCAGGCCUUUGUGACUCCGGCCAAUGUGGUGUUUGUGUACAUGCUGUGUCGUGAUGUGGUGGAUGGUGAUUCGGUUUCUUCAGAGCACGAACUACAAGCAAUUCUACUCACCUGUCUGUACCUGUCCUACUCCUACAUGGGGAACGAGAUCUCGUACCCGCUCAAGCCCUUCCUGGUGGAGGCUGGUAAAGAGGCAUUCUGGGACCGUUGUCUGGCCAUUAUUGAUGUGACCAGUGCCAAGAUGCUGCGCAUCAACGCAGACCCACAUUUCUUCACGCAGGUCUUUGCUGAUCUAAAGAGUGAAGGAGGUUGCAGUUUGCAGGACUACGCUAGAGUUUUGGAUCGGUGAAAAGAGGAACUGGCAGAUUUUCUCUGCAAAACAACACUGUCAUCAUCCCACAACAUCACUUUGGCCCCCUAUAUGCCUUGUCGCACAACAGUGGGACUCACUUUUACUGUAAGAAACAAUCCUGCUGAAAAGACCAGUUUAGACCUGUAUGAAUGUCCAGGCUGAGUUAUGUUGGUUUGGUGUUGCUACCAUCUGUGAUAGUCUUUGCAGUGGGAAGAGAAAGCAUAUAGUAUGACAAUACCAUACAAUCUUAAUAAUUAAGUUUCUUAAUUGGCCUCGAUCAUACCCUGAAGAACGAAGUAAACUUUUCCAGUCUACAAAACGUUCUUUAUAGGGGGAAACGUUUCUUUUCAUCAUUGACAUGUUACAAAUAUAUGGUUCUUGUAAGAACUGAUCAUUGAAACAUUCGUGCAACCCAAAUGGCUCAAGUAUGGAAUUGCUGUCAAAUCCUUUAUUUUUAAGAGUGUAUAGUGGGAAAGGUAAUGAUUAUGAAACGAUGAUGAAAAUACUUUUUAGAUAUUAGACUAAUUGUUCUCUGGCAGUUUUUUGUGGAACCCUAAUUUUUAUUUUUUAUUUUGAAAGGCUCUUUUUAAAAAAGAGUGUACGCAAAGUUGAUCCCACCAUUUCAAGCCCAUCAUAGUAAAAAAUUAAACACAUUAAUACUUUGAGAAUUAACAUCAAAAAGAAGGGAGAAAUUUGUCCUUUUGAAACUUAAGCUGUUGUCAAACCCUGCCUUUUUCUGAUGUAGUUACAAGUCCUUUGUUUAACCUUUCAUUCCUCUACAUUUUCAACAAUUAUUCUGAAAGAAACUACAAGAAAAACCAUCUAACCAACAAGGACAAUGUUAGUGGGAGUGUGUAUGUUUGUGUGUGACAGGCAGCAAACGGUGAGCUUCAACAGCUGUUGGUUGUCUUGUCGCCCUUCCUUUAUUUCAUGUGCUGGACUUUGGGGCACCAGCUGCAAUGGCAUUAACAAGAUUAACAGAUUAGUGUCACACACACACACACACACACACACACACACACACACACACACACACACACACACACACACACACACACACACACACACACACACACUGAAAGACAAUUCUCAAUGCCUCUCCUUGCUCGCCAGCUCUAUAGGUUGAAUGGUUAAUCCAUAUAGGCCAUACACACUAAGUUAUGUUCUGAAUUGCACGUCUUAGUAACAGUACAGUGUCAUUGAAAAUUCGUGUCAAGUUUGAAUGAGUCUAUAAGUAUAUGAUAUCCUGCUAGAGCGUGAUGGAUAUGAAUAAAUAGUCCUGGAUUCUCCAACGAAAGAUCAGGUGCAGUCAAAUACUGCUUAUUACUUGUAUCUGCAUCUUCUCUCUUUAGAGGAACAUUGAUUUCAAUGUCAGUUUCUUUCUGGGUUUAGUUCCUUAAAUCUGAAUUCAAAAGUGAAAUUGUUUAUCUCAACAACAAAUGUUGUGGGGGUUUGUCAAAAAAUCAAACAGAUGAAGGCAUCACACUAAAAAUAUUAGUGUAGAUACUAUUUUUGCUAGUAAAUUUCUGAAACAUUUAUCAAAAAUUGAAUAUUUUGAAUCUUUUAAUUAUUAUUUUUAUUAUUAUUAUUCAUUCAUUGAUUUUCUUUUCGGCUUAGUCCCUUUAUUAAUCCAGGGUCGCCACAGCGGAAUGAACUGCUAACUUAUCCAGCACAUGUUUUACGCAGCGGAUGCCCCUCCAGCUGCAACCCAUCUCUGGGAAACAUCCAUACACACUCAUACACUACGCGAACGCAAGGAGAACAUGCAAAAUUCACACAGAAACUCCAACUGACCCAGCCGAGACUCGAACCAGCAACCUUCUUGCUGUGAGCCGACAGCACUACCUAUUGCGCCACUGCG